AUGGAGCACCAGCAGCAUCUAUCGAGUGACGGCACGCGUGUUCACACAGCACGCAAAAGAAGACAUUCAGAUACCUCUGCAAAACUCACAGAUAUCAAACAUGUCCAUACCCUCCAGAAGACUGUGCUGAACGUGUUAUUAGACCGUCUUGCAGAGGGAGGAGUAAACACAGAAAGUAUCACUCCAGAGCUGGUUAAUCAUUGUCUUCCGACUAGCCUUGAUAAUAGCUCCUGGGAGACCCUCUUGUACACGCCUCUUAAGCUUUCGGACUGCAAGUUACAGGAUAUGCUCCGUUUGAAGGCUCCACGGGAGCUAGAUGACCAGAAUCUACAGCAAACAACAAUAUAUGUUCGUUGUUUUCAGAUUAAAGUUGACCAGCUGCAGGAGGUCAUUGCACAGUUUCAUGGGACCGGAAUACAGUAUGCAAAGAUAACAAUGUGGUUAGGUGGCAUCAUGGGUAUGCAGUCUGAUGAGACUGUCUAUAUUAGAUAUGUUGGAAGAACAACACGGACACGGGGUGCGAUUAAACGACACCGAGAGGAUUUAUUGACACGACGGACUGGCUUUUUUUCGAAAUUUCUCACAUGCUUAGAGAGAACUUUCCCAACAAAAAAUGGAGGCCUCCGAGAGAUUCAGCAGUUCGAUGAUAUCGCCGAACAGGCAGCUAUUGCAUUACUUGGCUUGCCCUAUCUGUUGAACCAAGUCUUAACCAAGACAGAAGACUGGAGCCUAAAGCUACAUGAAUCUCAUUGGCAACAAUUUGACGCCCUGAAUACUAGGACUAUCUCUAGACUGAACCCUUGUGAGUUCUAUCCCAUUGCGAUGGAACCGUUGAUUGCGGCCUGGGCAGAUGAUAUCCAGUGCUAUGCGAAGGAUCAUCAAGGUUCAGUUUCCUUCUUUAGGCAACGCUCCCACAGUUUUCCUGACACUUUGAGGGAUAUGAUAUUCCGUCAGGCCAUGCCUUCAGCCUGGAACGGAAGAUUUGUUCUCCUUCUGACUGUGGGGGCUGGGAAUAGCCGUGAGGGCUAUAAGGAGCAGCAGCCCUUCUACACUGGUCCCAGUCAAUCGGCAAACUUAUUGAGGAUAUCCCUUAACAGACUCUGGAACCGAGAGGAGUCUAAUAGACCUGAAAGAGAUUACCUUUGUGACUUGAUAGCAGCUGCAGAAGGUGAAGAUCUCUUAGCAGCAGCUCGCUUGUUAAAACAGUAUGUUAUGGCAGUUAAACCCCUCAUCAUGCUGACGUUUUCUGCCAAACCAUCUGCUAUCAUAGCUUCCGGCUUCUCACUUAUUUCUAUUCACCGCUGGCCAUCUAAGUUCUGGGACAGAGUGGGGCAAUUGGAAUUGGUCUCUUGCGGCGAAUUUUAUGGCAUUCAGAUCCCGUGCUUUCAUCCAGGACAAGGUCGAUUUUCGCUAGACCCAAGCGUUUUCCUCAUUGUAUUAGACAUGACUUUGUGGGUCUUACUAACAACUAUAACGGUCUUUCUUGAUUCUGUGGAGCAAUACGAAGGAAGAAGUCGGAAGGAAUGGUGCGAGCAUGUCAAGCUAAAAGUUGACGACACACUUCAAGACAAGAGAUUCUAUGAGCAAUUUAGUCGGUUGAAGGCUAAACUUCACGCUGAACGACCGAACGCUAGCCCGACGCAGCUGUCUACACACACAAGACCCAGGAUUGCUGUAGCAAUACGAAAGGAAUUAGACAGGGACAUUGUAAGUGGGUUUGCUGUUGGCGAGAGGCUGUCAGACAAACGAAGGCAGCAGGUCUAUAGGCUAUGGAAAAUAAAUAUACCUGAACUGCAUGUACACAUUGGUCGCGAAAACGCCAAUGAAUGGUUUCUAUGGGCAAAUUCUAUUUCCGAAGGCAAGUCGCUAUAUGUGGAUGCUCUUACACAGGCGGUAUGGAAUAGUCAAUCUGACGCAGUCCAACAUCGAAGCACCCCUACAGCAAUGAAACUCGACCAUUUUGCGGAUAAUAGCGACAAAUUUCAUAAGACCGAGAAACCUAGUGCUCUCUUGAAAGAAUUUUCCGAAGUUCUCGCUGCGAACAAACUAAAGUCAAAUUACUGGGUGUCGUCUGACAGCAUUGAGCGAGCGGUUACCACGCAGCUCAUGAAAGACACUAGAUUUUGGGAAUGGAUCCAUUCAACUAGGAUAUAUAGCGAGCUCCCUAAGGACAGCUUUAUUCGCUUCAGAUCAACUUAUCGGAGUCGGUGGAAUGAAAGAGAGGUGUUUGUCUGGAAAAAUUCAUCCUUCGGGAUCUACUGGGAAUGCCCAUCUGGGCAAAAUUUCAGAUUCAUUAUGCGCGCCCCUCAGUCUAGCCAGGAUUCAUCCUAUACUCCUAGAAAAUACAUUUUCUUCACGAAAGACGGUAUCGAUCUGCGCGAUGAAACCGGCAAGUCCUGUUUGGUUCGUCAGGGCGCAUUGAACUCCGAUGAUGUUGUCACUUUCCCAGCUAGACAUCUACCUAACUGCCAAGAAACAGCAGAGCUUGGGAGACAACUGGUUCGCCUAUGGGAGGCAGAGACUGAUCUGGAUUGGAAAGCUACAGCUGCGGCAUCUGAUUCACUACAAAACCAAGUAGAAGAUGAGGGUGGAAGUCAUAUCCCAAAAGGCUUUUUUGCCGGCAAGGGACUCGAGCUAGUAAGGCUCAACUGGAGCUCAGAAAAGCUUCAGCCGUAUAGAAAACCACCCCAGCCAGCUGAUGAAACGUGGCUACUAUGGCUUUGCCUCCAGGAGAGCUGGCCCCUCGGGGGCAUUGUUUUCAUAGGCAUUCCUGAGAAAUGGCCGUCGCGAAAAGAUAAUAUCUGGACACAUCUUCAGGACUUUUUAGCACGGCGCAAAUACCAUAACCACCCAGGAAUUGCAGUAGUCCAAGCUUGGGCUCAAGAUCUGUCCUUCACACGAAAGACUCCGCAAAUGAUAAAAAAUAUAGAGCUCCUCUGUCAAAUACUCAGGAAGAGGAAAGUUCAAGAGAGAGACAGUGAGAGAAUGAGACAAGAGGGGAGGGAUGUGAAAAUUGCUGGGACUGAGCUGGAGAUCAGACAUUUGUGGAAGAACGUGAAUGGGAGGGCCAUGGUAUGA